AUGCAAUCUACUGUCCCAAUAGCGAUUGCAAGCAAUGGCAACAAGAGAGAUGCCGGCCGCAACGUUUCUGCAGGCGACGAGGGUGAUAUGCUGCAAAGGCUAGUUCGUAACAAGGAGAUGAUUCCUCCUUCCCUUUCCCCACAAAAAUCAUCAGGAUUUAGUGGUAGAAGAAGGUCAUCUAGUGUUAGGGACGCUCUUUCUGCUUUUUUUGGAACUGGUAACAGCCCAACAUCUAAUACGGACGAUUAUUCCAAUUUGACAAACCGUAAUUAUACUACUGCGUCGACUGCUAUGUGUAGGGGAAACAGUUUUCCUUCGGAUGUCGUCACUAACGCUUACAAUAUCACGGGUUCCUACCAACCGGGUAGACACAGGAACUCUAUUCCGUAUACCACCAUAGACCAAUUACAUACAAGGCAAGAUACCGGGUUGAGAAGAGAGUCAGAUCCAGUUGCAGCGAAAAAAAUCUCCAGUAAUAAUGAUAUCGUAAAGUCGUUUAUAACACAUCAUUCCCAUAAUAGCACUAUGUUUAUUGGGAGAGUGUUAUCGGACUAUUUAGCUGACCGUGGUUUCAUUAAGCAAACGCCGUUAUAUAAUAAGAAAAAUGUGCUGGAAAUUUCCAUUGCAACGAGUGCAGAAUCUGUAUUCCUGCCAACUACAAAAAGUGACGAAACAGAGUAUCUAUCACUAAUUCACGGUUCUUUGGACCAUGCACAAACGCAACCUGUCAGGCCCACUAAUGAUGCUGAAAAUAACCUCCUUCCUUCCUCUCCUACUACGGACACUUUGAAUGAAAACAAUGAUUUAUCGCUAUUCUCGUUAUCUACACAGCGAACCAGCCCCGCUAAUUUAGCAAAUACAGGAAAUGUUAUGGAUACAAGCAAUAUUGAUCGCACUUCUCCAGCCUCAAACAAUAAUACAACAGAUACGGAUUCUUUUUUUUCGAAUGGCAAUAACAAUACUGUAAACAACGUCGGUUCCCCCGCGAGGAAUAGACAUCCAAAUUCUCACUCACGUUCUCUUCCCACUGCUUGGAAUAGCCAAAUGCCCUCGUUCAGUUUUGCCUUGAUAUUUUCCCUGAGUAAAUCAACCACACUUUCUGAUAUUAAAGUAGAACUUACUUCAAACGUGAGGAUUGUGUGGUUCAAUGGUCUCCCUCCUACCAAAAAUGCCAGCGAGGAAUGCUAUAAUAUAGGUUCAUUGGACUGGACCCUAAGUGCAGACAAUUUUAAUCUUUUCAUUCCGCAAGGCGCAAAGUCUCUCCUUGAUAUCGUUGAAAAUCAUUCAAAUAAUCGGAGAUUGAAAGUGCUGCAGAAAUUAUCAAUGCGGAAGCGCCGCUCCUUUUCGAAUAAGGCAGUUCUUAGGGAAAAUAUACUAAAAAAUUUGAAUACCUCCAAUUCUACGAACAAGUUAAAUGCCGGUAUUUACGUCUUUACUAUCCCUAUAGUCCUUGCCAAUCGUAUUCCUGAAUCCCUUUACUACCCAUCAGCAAGGGUAUCCUAUACCUUAAGAUUAGCAACAAGAUUGAAGGAUGAACAUAUACAGCUGGCCACAUCGCGACCACGUUCUUCGUCUAUCUCUUCUCCUCAGAAACCACGUUCAUAUUCCUAUUCGCAUUCUUAUGAAUAUUCCCAAAUUGAUGAUACUAUAGAAGGAGAGACUUACACUAAUGAUAAAAACUCUAAUGGCAAGAUCGCAUUUCCCUCCUCAUGGUUAAAAAGUGCGAAGGGUCGUUUAAAAAGAAACAAUUUUAACGGAGGCCCUGAGAACAAUGGCGUAUCUUCUACUAGUGGUUCAACCGCACAAUACGAUUCGGAAGACAUUGUAUAUUCAGAAUACCCGCUUCAUUUGGUGAGAACACCACCAGAAAUCUCCAUUACUACAGCAAAUAAGCCACUUUACAUUAACAAAGUUUGGGAGAAUUGUCUUUCUUAUGAGAUUUCAUUUGCUCAAAAAUAUGUGCCCUUGAAUGGUCAAAUUCCAAUCACAAUUAAAGUUGCACCUUUAGUGAAAAAUCUUAGUGUCAAGAGAAUUCGUGUUAGCUGUCGAGAAAAAAUCUCCUAUAAAAGUAAGGACUAUAAACAUGAUUUUGACCAGUUGGAUCCAUUGGCUUCCGAUCCUUGCAAUCCUUACCACAUGAGAUAUUUAGUGAGAAAGAAGAAGGACAGGACACUGCCCCUAUUUGAGGUGGCUUCUAAGUGUACAAGUGGGCCUUCUAUUAGAGAAGAAAUUGUUACUAAUACAGUCGAUGAUAAUUUAUUAGCUUACACUUCAUCAAAAGAAAACAACAAAGACAUCCCAUUUUCUGAGUCUUUUACUGUUAAGACGAAGUUAAAAUUUCCAAAAUACUGUGAAGUGGACGCUACUAAAGCUACAAAUCUGCCGCCAUAUGGUAUUGAUCUUUUUGAUCCAAUGAAGGAUUUAACUCAAAGUGAAAACACUUCUAAUAAUGGCAAUGUACUGGGCUUUUUAAUGGGUCGCCCGAACAGGAUUUCCAAGGCACUUCAUAAAAUACCACAAGACAAGGAUCAUGAUGAGGUUGACGAUCAAAGUGGAAACACAAUAACAUCUUUGCAGACUAGCUCGAAUGUCCCCAUUCAGCACUACACACGGUUGAAUGAGCCAAGACGCGGUUUAUAUUUGGAUAGCAUGCAUUUUAAGAAUAUUCAAUGUUCGCAUAAAUUAGAAAUCGUUUUGAGGGUUAGCAAAACCGACAGUGGUACUUCAAAAGUUGUAAGGCAUUAUGAGGUAAUUGUUGAUACACCAAUUUAUUUGAUUUCUGAACUAUGCAAUACUUCCAAUAUAGACUUACCAACUUAUGACAUGGCCACCACCGAAUCUUCUAAAGUCCUGCCACCAACUUUUGAAGAGGCAACAUCGGUUUCAGCAUCACCAAGAUCUUCUCUAUCCUAUUAUCCCGAUGACAUUUCUAUGCAACAAUUAAAUUUGUCCAGGUCAACUUCCCUGGCAAACGGCUACCUGUCGACCAUACAUCCAAAAACAACAACCGUUUCGGACUCUUCUAAUGGCGCUUUAAUUCGAGACCAGCAAGAACAGCAAGCACGUCCUUUGAGAACCGAGGAUUAUGCACUACAAAGGGGAAAUGAAGAUAACGCCUAUAAUAAUAUGGACGGUUUGCUUUCGCAAGAUAUCUUUGGACGGGAAAACGCAUCGACACUAUUUAAGGGAGACAUUGUCACAAUGGACUUUAACAACAAUAUAUUCACACCUCGUUAUAAUCCGCGUAAUUUUAUCAAUAACGACGACAACUAUAAUGAUGAUAAUAAUGAUAAUGAUACAGAGGGACCUGGUUCAAUAAUUCAUCCCGGUCCUGAACCACCAAGAUACGAUGAGAUUUCCUCAUAA